AUGGCCACAGCUUCAGCAGGAGAAGCAAAAGAAGCUGAUACAUCUUGUACUCCUGGUGCUAAAAAGGAUGAACUGGAGAAAUGGCCCAACCAGAUACACUUGCCAAGAUUUUCUUUAAAACAAGGACUAAUUCCCAGGCAUUACACGAUGAGCUGGAAACAAGACAUGAAAUUCAGGAAAGUGAAUCUAAAGCAUGCACAGCUGAAUGGGAUCUACUCUGGUCCUUUAGAAGAAAGCCUGUUUCUGGAUCACUCUGAAAGACUUUGCCAUGGGGAAGAUCGAAACAUUGUUUUAAAGAAAAGCUCCCCCCACAUAAAAAUAGCUGAUAUGCCUUUAUAUUCUCCUCUGUCCAGAUACCAAAGUACUGUCAUUUCUCAUGGAUACAGGAGACAACUGAUAUGA